UGCGCAGUCUGUACAGCUGCAGCUAAAAACAGCCUUUACGGGUCUGCGCUAUCAUUUCAAGAUGGCGGACCUCCUCGGUUCAAUCUUAAACUCGAUGGAAAAACCUCCUACAGUCGGCGACCAGGAAAGCCGACGAAAGGCACGAGAGCAAGCAGCAAGGCUCAAGAAGAUGGAAGAAGAGGAGAAAAGAAAGAAAGCAGAGUUCAGGAAAAAGAUGGAGAAAGAGGUGUCUGAUUUCAUCCAAGACAGUUCACAACAGAAAAGAAAAUACAAUCCCAUGGGGAAGAUUGAAAGGAGUAUAUUACAUGAUGUUGCAGAGGUGGCUGGUUUGACGUCUUUUUCUUUCGGGGAGGAUGAAGAGAGCCGUUAUGUCAUGCUUUUCAAGAAGGAGUUUGCUCCAUCAGAUGAGGAGCUGGAAGCCUAUCGCAAGGGAGAAGAGUGGGACCCCAAGCUGGCAGAACAGCGGCGCAGACUAAAAGAACAGGCUGCACUGGAAGAAGCAGCAUCCAGUCAGACAGAAAAGUCACAAAUAUGCCCCAACUCUAACUACAGAGACAAGUACAGUCACCUGAUUGGCACUUCAGCUGCAAAAGAUGCUGCACAUACACUUGAGGCCAACAGGGCUUAUGGAUGUGUGCCGGUGGCCAACAAGAGGGACACUCGCUCCAUAGAAGAAGCCAUGAAUGCAAUCAGAGCAAAGAAACGGCAGAAGCGCGAGGACGACACGGGGGCACACGGCAGCAGUUCUUGAGUCUCCGGCACGUUUGCCGUCUGUCUGUCUGCUGUUUGUGUGUGAGCACGUAAGUGCGUUUGUGUGUGUCUCAUUCAUCCUAUAAUGCAAUAUCCUGUACGUCAGAUGUACAAAAGUUUAAUUUAUGUAUCAACAAGCAAGUGUUUUAUCAUGCUUUGUGACCAAGACUGUGCUAAAAUUAUAAAAUCUUGCUCAGUGGAGGAUCUUCAGGUGUGUUGGUGUCUGAGAGCUGGGUUGUUAAACACAUUUAACAUUUGCCUCACACUCACAUGUGAACUGUAUAGUAUAAACAUGUUGUCUGAGUGUUCAGAUGCAUAAAACCAUCGAUAACGGCAGAAUAUUUUUAGCAGAUCGAGCCACGGCUGCCCAGGAUGAACUUUAAAAAUCCAGCUUUUAGGUAGUUAGAAUUGAACUCUCCACUGACAGUGUCCAAAAUGUCCAGUGCAGUUUUAUAAAGUCGUAAUCUCAUAUUUUAACAAGGUUUUGGUUUGGUUUGUUGAAUUUUUCUUUUUAGUCUAAACCUGUGUCACAUUGUAAAGAUGGAAGCAUACCAUUUUUGUCUGUCAUAUGAGGAAACCCUCUUUUAGAAAUCAGUUUUGUUUCUUUCUGUAAACCUGCACUGACUGUGUAUUCUUUAACUCCAGUGUAAAUGUUUUAUUAAAAAGCCAUGUGAUUGCUUACAAAAGGCAUCAUAAUAGGAGUUGGAGUACCAGACUUCUUAGGAUGUUGUGCCCUCAGUUCUGUUUUCUGGUUUGUUUGUUUUUUUUAAAUUUCAUGUCUUUUGUUUGUUAUAAACAAGAAUUCAUGCAGGAGUUCCCGGCAUCUUAGUGUCUCUUUUAACAUGGUUGUAUCGUUUUAUCCCCACAUGUAUUAAUAAAUGGAGAAAAGUUAGAUCUUUGUAUGUUUGUUCCCGUCUCUAUUCUCUCAGCAGGGCGAAUAGCUCUCACUCCAAUACAGCUACAUGCAUAAACAUCUUAUAAUCAAAUCGGCAUCUGUGAUACAUCACUGUCUGGUCAUAAUGGCAGUUACAGUGUAUCGACUUGCACUAAAUUCCUUUUUUACAUUUUCUCUAUUGAUGUGUUGUUUUAUAUCACACACGCUGCCUUGGCUUGAGGGCUGCUGCUCUGACAUCAUCCGGUAAUGUCUUUCUGUACAGUUGUGAAUUUAUUGUUUCCUUGAUCAUUGCAGCCACGAACUACAAUACUCCUUCCACGGUUGGGAUGAGGUUUUGGUGUUUACUAUGUCUUCUGUUGCUAACCUGACAUGUAAAGCGAUGCUUUGAUUUACUGUUUUUCUUUCAAUGGACAUAUGAUUAAAUGUUAAAACAAAAAA